AUGAUUGGUAUCAUUAUUCUCACAAUAAUUCUAGGUCUUCUGGCCAGAUUGGUCAUUCACCUGGGCAGGAACUACAUUGCUGCCUCGAAAACAGGCCUGCCUAUCAUCACCAGCCUGAUCGAUCCUACCAGCGCCUUGUGGGCAUUGACUAAAAACAUCAUCACGCCAUACCUGACUCUUCUCCCAGGAGACGUCGGUCAAAAUGCUAAAUUGAAUAUUCUCGGGUGGCAGUUCAGGGCGAAACAUUCUGUGCACGAACGUCUCGGCAAACUCUUUGUGCAAGUCACACCAUCCAAUAACAUCGUCAAUAUCGCCGACCCGGAUCUCGUUCAGCAACUCAAUGGUGAUGACUGGAAGAGACAGCGAAAGUUGACAGCACCAGCUUUCAAUGAACGUGUGAGCAGUCUCGUCUGGGAGGAAGGCUCAAGGCAAGCUCGUCAGUUGCUUGAUAGGGUUGAUACCUCACCGUCCAGAACCAUACAAAAUGUCACGGGCACGUGUCAGACCAUAGCACAUCACGUACUCGCUUAUGCUGGCUUUGGAGUACGUAGUGCACAUGGUGCGGAUGUCACUGACGUCCAGGAGGGCCAUGAAUUGGCCUACAAUGAUGCUCUCUGCACCGUUCUCGCAAAUAUGGUCCUAGCCAUUGUGAUGCCGGCGCGCUUAUUAGCAUCUUCACUGGCCCCUGAGCGCUGGCGGAAGGUCGGUCUCGCUGUUGAGGAGUUCAGAAAGUACAUGAAGGAGAUUCUCGAGCAAGAGCGUAUGUCAAUCAUCGACAGAAGAUUCAAGAGCAGUUCAAACCGCCGGUCCGAGUCGCUCACAAGCGCGCUAAUCCAGGCGUCAGAAGAGGAAAAUGCCACCUCGGGCAAAGGUUCAGCCAAGGGCCUAAGUGACGACGAAGUUUAUGGCAAUAUGUUCAUCUUCAACUUUGCUGGACAAGACACUACUGCUAAUACGAUGGCCUACGCAAUUACUCUUAUGGCCAUUCACCCAGAAAUUCAGGAAUGGGUGAGGGAGGAGGUCGUCGCCGUGUUUUCCCGAACCAAUCCUCAAGAGUACGACCAAGUCUUCCCUCGGCUGAAAAGAGUACGGGCGCUCAUGUACGAGACAUUGCGUUUGUACCCGCCGAUUGUCUAUUUGCCCAAGCUGACAACGUCGCGCCCAACCAUCCUGUCAACUACGGGGGCCGACAUUCAGCGCCGAGACAUUGUGAUCCCGCCGAACACCUACGUCGUUAUCAAUUUCAUGCAUUUGCACACUUCCCCCGAACUAUGGGGAAAUGAUUCCCUGGACUUCCGCCCAAGCCGCUGGAUUGGACGUACUGAUUCCAGCGACAAUGGCUCAAAUCUAGAAUCCUCGUCUGAAGAGAAACUGGAACGGUCACCUCCCGGUGCCUUCAUACCCUGGGCUACAGGACCUCGGAACUGUCCUGGAAUGAAAUUCGCCCAAGUGGAGUUUGUGAGCGUGAUUGGAUCGCUUCUCUCAGAUCGUCGAGUGGAGGCUGCACUGCCUCCAAUGUUGCAGGAUCAGAUGGAGUCGAAGGGCUUGCAUGAACGCGAAAUCGCCGAUCUCUCAAGGGAACGACUGAGAUCAAUAUUGGAAGACUCGGAUGUGCGUGUUACGACUACGAUGCUGAGACCUGGAGAAGUUUGGCUACGCUGGAGAAAAGUUACCGAGUAG